AGAAGCGAGAACUCGUGCAGCCGGAAAUCACGGAAACAAUCCACCGUAAAAUGACGAUAAAAAUCGCAGAAACGCACGGACGGCGAUCGGUGAUGGUGCUUUAAUCGCUUUAGCGACGGAUCUGCGCGAAUCUAACGAGUGUACCCUUCACAUCCCUUGAGUUUGGCCACAGACUGACGGAACCGAGCCAGAGCCGCUGCCGGGCCGAUUCUGCGCAGAGAUGCCGAGCAAAAAGAAGAAAUAUAACGCCAGAUUCCCUCCGGCCAGGAUCAAGAAGAUCAUGCAGACGGAUGAAGAGAUCGGGAAAGUGGCGGCUGCAGUUCCUGUCAUCAUCUCCCGCGCGCUCGAGCUGUUCCUGGACUCUCUCCUGACCAAAGCCUGUCACGUCACCCAGUCACGCAAUGCCAAAACCAUGACCACGUCACACCUAAAGCAGUGCAUCGAGCUGGAGCAGCAGUUUGACUUCCUGAAGGAUCUGGUGGCGUCGGUGCCGGACAUGCAGGGAGACGGAGACGAGAACCACACGGACACCACGGAGAAGAUCCCGCGCAGGGGGCGUAAGAUCGGCUCGGGCCGUAAGAACGGGGGAGCAGGAGCCAAGAGCAAAGACAAGAAACUCUCAGGCACAGAAUCGGAGCAAGAGGAUGAUUCUGAGGACAGUGAGACGGAAGGAGACGAGGACGACGACAGGUCUCAGACCAGCACAAACACACAGCCUGCCUCCUUCUACCACAGUGUGGAGGUCCCGCCGGCGCAGGCUGUCUCCGCGGGCUCCCAGCAGGGGGCGCUGUCGGGGUUCUCCCCGCACCCGUCCCUCAUGGGCGUGUUCCCGCCGGCGCCGGCUCCAGAUCCGCUCCAGAACCACACGGAGGACGGCGACGACGAGGACUACGACUCGUAGAGGCGCCGACACACACACACUAGCUGUUUUAAUUUCUUUUAAACUCUUGUUUUAUUGUCCAGGAACAGUUGUGCUAGUUUCCUUUAUCCGUGCGGCUCUCCUCCGAGCACACACACACACACACACCGCUCCGGGACGGCCGCGUCUGCAGGGGUGCGGAUCGGAUCGGCCCGUUCUUUUGCUUUUGUCAAGUGUUCUGUUUUAAGCUAGUUUUACUAUUAAAGCUUCUUUCCUCCAUCGAUUACACUGUUGAACCGUCACUCAGAGACAUCUCGUUCCCCAGACACACACACUCACAGGGACGAUGCACAUGUAUAGAUGAUUCCCCUUUGUUUUACAUGUUUUAGACUCUUUUAAUGUUUGCUGAGAGUCGUGCUCUCGUCUCAUGUGUACAGCGGCACGUUGGCUUUUAACCUUCUUGAUUUUGUAUGAGUGAAAUAAAGUUGAGGUUUCAGUAA